UUUGUAAAUUCUCCGCAGACUAUGAGAACAGAUGUGAAAAAGAAAAUAAAUUAUUUUGCCCAUGGUACAGUAACGAGACAUUAAGAACCAAGCAAUCUUUUCUUCGCUCGCAGAAUGAAACAAACAACUCGGUUAUCAACUCCGAAGUCUACGUGUUUUACAACGGGUGUGCUGCGCACUCGGAGAAACGACAACGGAAAACCUACUAAACUCGAACGGACACACGGAAUUUUCCCCUCCGUUAACCCGCCGGCAGCGCAGACUGAGCAAACCAAACCGUCGUCUCCCGACCAACUUGGUUCCGUAGUAAACAUGUGGGUUUCCGAGUGACGCAUGCCGCUGACGCACGCGGCACAGCGUCAGUGGGCAGUACAGCGCGUAGCGUCAGCGCGCGUCACCGCAGAAAGCCGAAAGCGCUUCGCCGUCGGAGACGGCAUAGGUCGCGGUCCUCGUCUGGCAACCCGCGCCGAGCUCCGCCGCCGCCAGCCGCCGCCUCGUCGUCGACAGUUGUACAUGUUUUUCAUUCAUGCAGUCUGAGUGAAUCGCCGGCUUCCAAACUUUGCGCCGUGGUGUCUGUGUGUGUUGUUCGUGCGUGCGUGCGUGCGUGCGUGAAGUUUUCGAGUUUUGCCCGAAGAAUGACUCGAGCCAGGUGGUCCCAACUCCGCUGAACACGGCACGGAUAAUGUCUACGGCCCCCGACGAGGGCGUUGUGACAGAGCCCGCCGAGGGAAACCACACGGAGGCGAAUGCGACGAUGGCUGCGGCCGUGGCUACGGCUCCUGCAGGCAGGAACAAUUCCACGGCCGGCCAGCAAGCCGACCCCCAGGUGCCUCCUGCACGGAUGAGCGCCAAGGACUUCAUCUUUGGAAAGCUGCUCGGCGAAGGCUCCUUUUCUAUGGUUUAUCUAGCCAAGGAGAUCCGUACCAAUAAAGAAUAUGCAAUCAAGGUGUGCUACAAGCACCACAUCCUACGCGAGAAGAAGCAGCGGGCCAUCAUGCGGGAGAAGCAGAUUCUGCGCAUCCUCAGCACGCGGCCGCACCCCUUCUUUAUCCGCCUGCACUCCACCUUCCACGACGCCAACAAGCUCUACUUUGUGGUGACCUAUGCAAAGAACGGUGAACUCUUGCCCCACAUCGUGAAGUACGGCUCCUUCGAUGCGGACGUGACGCGCUUCUACACAGCCGAGAUCAUCUGCGCCUUAGAGCAUCUCCACGGGCUUGGCAUCGUCCACAGGGACCUGAAACCGGAAAACAUCCUGCUUGAUGAGAGGAUGCACAUCCAGAUCACGGACUUUGGCUCGGCCAAGAUCAUCGUCAGGGACUAUGACGAAGAACUGGGAAUCGGUGAGAUCCAGCUGAACGGCCACAACUCCUUCGUGGGCACGGCCCAGUACGUGUCGCCCGAGAUGCUGGCCGACAAGAGCUGCUCCCCCAGCACCGACCUAUGGGCCUUGGGAUGCAUCGUGUACCAGAUGAUUGCGGGGCUGCCGCCAUUCCGAGCAACAAACGAGUACCUAACCUUCCAGAAGAUCAUUAAACUGGACUACGAAUUCCCGGACGGUUUUCACCCUGUCAUCCGAGAUCUCGUCGAAAAUCUGCUGGUGCUGAACCCCUCCGAGCGGCUGGGCAGUGCGGCGCGUGGCGGCUACGCCCAGCUGCGGCAGCACGAGUUCUUCUCGGAGGUGCAGUGGGGGCGCCUGCCCGAGACGGACCCACCCAAGAUGCUGCCCUUCCUGCCCGGCACCUCCAGCAACGAGGAGCUCCGCUCACAGUACCAGGUACCAGACGACCUCGAGCCCGGCCUGGACGACCGGCAGAUGACGCGCAUUCUGGGCCUGGCGUUCCAGGACGACGACAGUGUCCCCUCAUCCCCGUCGGCUCCGGCCGCAGCUUCCGCGCCGGCUGCGGCCGCUCCGGCGGCUCCGGCCACGAGCGUGGCGCCGCCACCACCGCAGCAGCGCAUCUCCCGCUCACACCUCCACAUCCUGGACUUUGGUCCGGAAGAGGAGAGCAGCCGGCUGCGCAAGCAGGCCGACACCAACCCCUACCACAAGUUCGUCCAGGGGAACUUGAUCCUCAAGCAGGGCCUGGUCGACAAGCGAAAGGGCCUGUUUGCCCGUCGCCGUAUGCUGCUGCUGACGACGGGCCCGCACCUGUACUAUGUGGACCCGGCCGCCAUGGUGCUCAAGGGCGAGAUCCCCUGGUCCCCCGAGCUCAGGCCGGAGCCCAAGAACUUCAAGACCUUCUUCGUCCACACGCCCAAUCGGACGUACUACCUGGAGGAUCCCGAGGGCUAUGCCCUGGCGUGGUGCAAGGCCAUCGACGAAGUACGCAAGGCCACCUACAACCAGCCGGACAGCGCCUCUUAAUGAUUGCCCCCUGCGGCUACCCCCCUGACAGCUGUCUCGUUCGGGCUCCGUGCUCCGCUCGACUUCCUAUCCAGCUUCAUAUUUGGCUACCUAUAUGGCUUCCAAUCCGGCUUCUUCUCUCGCUUCUUAUUCAGCUUUUUAUCCGGCUUUGUACGCGGCUCCGAAUUGGAUCUGCACGCCCUACGCGGGCCACAGCAACCUCGCGUCAUUUGGCUCUCACGAAGCCGGUUGUUCCGAAGAGAAACAUACUUACAUUCAUUUGGUUCGAUUAUUUGCUUUUUAAACAAUUUGGUCCCCGGAUUUCAAUUUGGCUCUUAGUCAACAUCUUUGCGUGCUCUUCUCGGAUGUAUUGUGACACAAGCAUAAUGUGAAAUCAGAAGUCCCUGUGGUUUUGGAUUCUAUAUAAGGGAUCGUGAAAGUCAUUAUUACUUCGGAAGUUAUCGUUUAUCCGCUAUUGGUGUCGAGUAUCCCAUUCUAUGGUUUUGUGACUGGGGAGUCGUUGCAGUGGGUCCUGGCCAAACUUUUUUUUUGUUUUCUCCGGUGUCACCCUCUUCCGAGUCCAUUCAUCUGCAAGCUUCCCACAGCUCUUGCUAGUUUAUGAUUUGUGUGAGGCGUUUUGAAAACAUCGCAAAGCUGAGAGUUCCAAAAGGCACAGACGUGGAAGGAAAAAACACCGCCAUAGUUCAGAAAUCUAAACAAUGGAAACCGUGAUAUCUCGAAAGCAAGAACGUCCUUAUGAGAGCAUUUUUGUUUACCAUGCCAAACUAUCAUCUCUGCCAGAGCGAGAAGGAAAGAAAAGAAAGAAUGACUUAAAACAAAAUAAGAGAUUAACUUUUAUGUGCUCAAGAGAUGCAACAGUUGUACAAUGUUACGGGCAAGGCUCAGAAGCCAGCUGGUUUUUAACUUUUACUGAACAAGAUCCCGACUUGGCCAGCGGAGGUGAGGGAUUGAAUCUAGAGCCUUUAAGAAAACCAAAUAUCUGUACGCAAGAUAGGUUGUGCGCCCGUUGCAAUUUUUACCUAGUAAAUAUUGGUAUUCAAUACUGGAGUUCUCUCCCACCCCGUGUGGCCCACAUUAUGAGUACAGGGGCUACUUUCACUUUUUGGGGGUAGUCACUUGUGCUGAGCAAUUGUAAAAUAAUUUGAGAAUCUCUCGGGGUAAUAAAUUAAUUUAUCAUCAUACAAGCUGGCAAAGGAAUACUACCUUGAGGCAAAAUUGUUCACCCUUCCAUAAGCUGCAAUUUUCCCACCAAAUUUAUAUUUGGAAAGUUUGGUAUGUUUUGAAUGGACAAGACACUGUUACCGUAUUUACUCGAUUGUAGCGCGUCCGGAUUUUAACGCGAGGGGAGUCUUUUCAUCAUGCCCCAUGAAAGAAGAAUAGAGCCAUCAUUGUAAUGCUACACCGACGGAGGAAUAAAAGGGUACCUUUAUUUUAAAGGGAUGGUGGUAAACACUGGCCAGUUUCGGACGAAUAAUUUCCCCGUCGCUCAUCGUUGUUGUCGUCGUCGUCGGAGGUGGAGUGCUUCACGGCCGUCUUCUGAGAUGAUGUCACCCUCGCACCGUUGAAGUCAUUCGAUACCAAACACUUCUUAAACACACGAACAAUCGUGUCAUGCGGGAGGCUGUGCCACUCUGUGGACAGCCAUUCAGUGAUUUUCCAUGCGCAUGGUCGCUUGAUUCUUCCAGAGGGUGUCAAGGCCCUACCUUCGUCAGUGACCAACUUUGCACCUUCUUUUCCAAAUCCAAGUGAUGACCACGACGAGGUGCACGGAAGCCUUUCCGGUCUGGUUCAUACAUAAAAAGCACAUCCAGCUGGCGCCUCCAUCUGCAAACUGUGGAUUCAUUCACAUUUAGCCUUCGGUCAGCGGCAGAGUUUUUCAGCUUUUUGGCCAUCAAUAUUGCCUGUGUUUUUUUCUGGCAUCGUACUGCGCACUUUGUGCUGCCAUUGGAUUGCUGCAAAAACGUCUCCGCAGAAGCACGAAAGGUCUGACGUCGUAUAAGCGCGGAAGGCAAAACACUGUUGAGUAAAUCCGCCAGAAGAAAGAACAUGUUUUACAAUCUUUUGAUAGAUUUGGGUUUGAAUUGGAUCGAUUUUAUUUUGAGCAGCCGUAUGGGUAUAUGUUGCCAGCAUAAGGUUUAAGAACCGUUGGAGCUCGGAAAAUCGCAGUUAUUUCAAAAUGUUGGCACCAUGGAGGCCGAUUUCGUUGUCACUCGAUUAUAACGCAAGGAGCAAAGUUGGGUUACAAAAAUUUGAAGGAAACAAAACUCCCAUUAGAUUUGAGUAAAUACGGUACUAAUGACAAUGUCAUGACCCAAUAAAUUGCAGUAAAAACUUGCUUACUCAUUUUGCCAAGUUGUAAAAAGUAUUAUAUAUUUUUUGUACUAAAAAUAAUUUUAAUUUUAACCAAUUUUUUGUUGCAUUGAGGGAGGUGUGGGAAACUGACAGUGAUAGUGAGAUUUUAUUCUUUGUCACAGUCGAGGAUGAAGUUGGUUGACUACAUUACCCCAGUCGGUCAUGUUUAGUAGCGUCCUUUAUUUUUAUACGCAUUGGGUGUUAGUACUUGUAUUGUUGGUUUCCAUUCCAGUCCCUUUGAAAGUUGCAUAGUUAAUGCUUAUCUGCUAACUUGCAAAUAAGACGCGUAUGCAAUCGCAUGUUUUCCCAUUAUUCGUGUAUGCCAAGGAUAGCUUCGAACGACUCGGAACACAACUCAUCUUGGUUUCAACGUGGAAACAUUGGGUGUCAUGUAAUGGCGUCUUACAAAAACGGUGAGAAGUGGAAAAAAUUAAUUUUUUUGCAUAAUACAUUGUUUCUUAAAGGCUAGGAUUCAGUCGCUCCCUGGUUCGUAUCAAGGGAGAAACCUGCUUAGUCGAAGUAUGAGGUUGCCAGGCAAUGUAUUAUUAGCGCUGUACUAAUAAUAAUAUUAUAAUGAUGCUUUAUUUUCCCUUAGUGCCCACAAACAGCUAUGAAGCCUUUUGUGUGGUGCAAAAGAAGGCUUCACGUUGGUGAGAAGCGACGUAGCCUAAAAGAGGUACAGACACAAAAUUUUUAUAUCGGAACGCGGCGCUUUUUUUUAAGCGCAACCACCGUUGUACAUAGCGGGUGUCUUUAAGCGGAGCACGAGAGCCUACAGGAGCGUGCGCAGAGGAGGUAGCCUGGGUCGGGCUUUAGCUAUAGGAGGCACAAAUUAAAUUAACUCUCAUAGGCUCGCGCGAGUUUUAUACCGUUCCAGAACGAACCUGUUUGUCGAGAGAGGAGAGGCCGCGCCGGUUGAUGUGUGUGUGCGUGCGUGUGUGCCGGAGGAGAGAGACUGAUGGACUGGACGAACUGCUGGAGAGUGUUCUUUUUUACGUUCCUUUCCUCUGCUCCUUCUUUAGUAAUAAACGGAGGAAACACC